AUGGUUGGACCACCCGAGAUCCACGACCCCUCGAAGUUUGAUGACUUUCACGUCCACCAUGUGACAUACAAAGUCGUCUCUGGGCAUCCGAUUGACUUGUCAAUUCUUGUUCCAAAGCGUCUAGUUGAGAACGGCGAGUUGUCAGAGAAGACUCCCUUGAUCACCGAAUUCCAUGGAGGCUUUCUUGUCGGGGGAAACCGUAUCUUUUCUCCUUGGUUCUCGGACUGGCUCAUUGAGUUAGCUUUGUCCAGGCGUGCGAUUAUUGUAACCCCGGAUUACCGCCUCCUCCCCGAGGCAAAUGGUCACGAUGUCCUCGCAGACCUGGCCAGUUUUUGGGACUGGCUGCCCAAAAACAUGAAGUCCAAGCUCGCUAGCUUUUAUCCUCAAGUCCACAUCGAACCGGAUUUUGAUCGGAUACUAGCUACGGGGAGCAGCGCAGGAGGAUGGAUGGUCUCCCAGAGCAUGUUCUUGCACCCGGAGAUCAAUAUCAGGGCGGCUAUCAUGGCCUAUCCCAUGAUCAAUCUUCGGGAUAGAUUCUGGGCAGAGAAAUAUGAAAAGCCAAUAUUUGGCUUGCCGACUCUCCCUUAUGAAAUCGUGGAGAGCCACUUGAAAAGUUUACCUGCGAAUGCAGUAUUCACUACGGAUGGGGAUAUCGAGAAAAAGGUGGAACUAUUGAGACCGCCACUGGCAAUCGCUAUCGUCCAACAUGGAAAAUAUCUCGACUUUUUCGGGCGCGAUACGGAGCUUUUCCCUUUCGAAAACUUGCCUCGUGCGGAAAGAGUUCCUCCCUUUGUUUGGUUGUUUCAUGGACGUCAGGAUUCUGCAGUACCAUGCUCAGGAAGUGAGAAAUUUGUUUCUGAAGUUCAGAAGCAUAAGCCUGAUGUCCAUGUCAGGCUUGAUUUAAAGGAUGGGGAGCAUGGAUUUGAUACUGAUGAUAAGGUCACCAUUUCGGAAGGAUGGAUGAAGGAGGGUGUGACUGAAUUACUGUCAUAUUGGUAA